AUGUCGGUUCCACGAACGUCCAAUUCUCUUCGCACUUGGUCAAGGCCUUUUCGCCAGCCUACCCUCUCACCCCCCACUUAUUGCAUAUCAACACACGCCCGUGUCUCCGACCAUCGCUCCCCUCACAUCCGCAACUACAAGGCCGUCCCCUCACAAACAACCAGGUCAUUUCAAACCUCAACCUCCCGCUAUGCCGCUCGAUCUCCAGCGGUCCGCCGGGCCCAGGACCGAGCUCAGGCUCAACGAAGUCGACCCGUAUACUCGAGCGAUGCGAUGUGGACUCUCCCCGCACACGGCGACCAAGCAGCGCGACUCAGGUACUUGAACGCCAACGGCCCGCUCGUAUGGAUGCAGGCGCUGAGCGAAGGGUUUCUGGAUAAAAAUAUCGCCCAGAAGACUUUCAUGGAGAUUGCGAGGAAGUUGCUAGACAGAGCCUACAAGCAGCCCCCUUCCGGGGCCGCGAUCCAGGAAAUCUCUCCAGACGUCGACCUCGUCUUCCAAAUCGGCUACAUCGUCUCCGCCGGCGACCCAACCUUCAAGGAAUGGGUCCUCGCCUCCUCCACCCGCGCCGGCGCUCGCAUCCCAACCCUCAUGACCGCCUCCCGCUACCUCAGACAAACCGGCGACGUCGCGCCGGUCCGCACCCCGGUCCUCGAGAAUGUCGAAACCCUCGCCCUACACGACCGCGAUCCACGCGCCAUGGUCGUGCACGCCCGGGUCCUCGGCCGCCGCGGCCGGUACACAGAGGCAACCGCGCUCAUCGAGCAGGUCAUGCGCACCAUCCGGCCCAGCAAGACCCCCGAAUCCGGCGACGGCGGGUUCGCAAUGGCCAACAUUGAGGCGCCGUGGGCGGUGUACGCGUGGCUGAAGGAGAAGACGGGCGAUCUGGCUGGCCGCGAGGAGGUCGUGCGGGUCGCCGCGCGCAAGUACCUCGACCCCAAGGCGCUGGUCGAAUAUGCGGCCAUUUGCAUGCGGCGCGGGGAUCUGAAGACGUACGAGGAAUGCAUGAGCCAGGCCGCGACGGCGGGCAACGCCGACGCGUGCCGCAAACUCGCCAACUUCUACUAUCUCACCUCGCUGGGCCGGUACCCGCGACGUGGCACCAAGGAGACUGUGUCGUCCGCCGAGGCAACGACGCCCGCAGAAGAGGACAAGCCUCGGGGUCUCUGGUCUUCUAUCACCGCAUUGUUCGGACCCCAGUCGCACAAGGAAUACCGCAAACUAGCUCUGGAAUGGUACGAGCUGGCCUUCAGCCACGGCAACCUCGCCGCGGCCUUGAUCCUCUCCGUGAUCCUGCGGGAAGACGGCAGUGCCAGCCGCGGGCUGCAUUUCCUCCAGCAGAUUGAGAAAUCGCCCGAGCUUGGGCCCCUCGCUCAGAAGAUCAAGUCGGGCUGGGACGGUCAGCGUUAUGCAGUCGAUAUACCUGCUGAAAUGCUCGAUGUUUGA